CCGAGGGGCACCCGAAGCGAAGCGCCGUCCCGGCAACGCCGGACGUGCUGAUGUGAAGUGCGUUCGCCGUCCGGGGUCUUAGUUGCACCUCAGCGGAACAUUCUGCCACCUCCGUGAGACCACCCUGCCCGGCUUUGGGCCUUUCGUCCCUCGGUUGUUGGAAUCUGGGCCCGCAGGAGCCCCCGAGUCUUCACUCGCAAUGUCGUUCUCCCGUGAUGUGGCCUUGGACUUGGUGAAGAGCAAAAUCAAACUUCUCACCGACUUCCUGGACGUUUACAUCAAGAUAGCAAACGUGCACACGGUUGAUUUUUAUACCAAAGACAUUUGGAAUGAGUUUGUGGCUGUGCCACCCGAAACCGUCAUCUCGAGUGUCUUCUGUCAGCAGGGAGGAAGCACAAGGGAAGGAAAAGGUGACUCAGUAUGGGACCAGUCCCAAAAACUUAACAAUGUGGCUGCCUAUAUGGGAAUUACUCGGGAUCACUCUUUGCCAAACCUUGGAGUUUGCACACCACUGGACGACCUGCAGCAGGAACUGUGGGGAGAUAAACAAAAAGAAAUGUUUCUGAAAACCAGCACAUUUAUGAAUACAAAGAAGUCCCAUGAGGUUGAGGUGAUGUCUGAAAUUGUUGCAUGUUUUGCCAAGUAUUGCAAUAUCCAACAGGUGAUUGAUAUAGGAUCAGGAAAGGGCUAUUUGAGUUCCUACUUGUCCAUGCAAUAUGGGCUAAAUGUAUAUGGCAUUGAUUCAUCCACCACCAACACCAUCGGGGCAAAUGAGAGGAACAGAAAAUUAGAAAGAUACUGGAAAGUUUAUCAGCGUCAAACAAAGCCUCUGACCCAAGACUCUAAACCAGAACAUCCAAAAGAAAAGCAAAUGAAUAAUGUUGAAAAUUUUACUGAAAUCAGGGAACAGGUUGGCCAUAUUGGGGAACAGGAGCGUAUUACUGAACCUCAUUCUGGGCAUGUACAAUCACUUGUACAGACUCCUGUUUCUACUACUUCUGUAGACUCAGAGAUACAUGAGAAAAGCAAUGUAGAAACAUCUGUAGAGAUUGUCGGAUCAGAUGAAUUUUAUGGCUCUGAGAAUAUUUUUCUGGAACUUCUUUCAACUGAUGCUGUGGAAGUGAGUUCACAAGUGAGGCAAAGGAAAUGUCUGGAUGAAAAAGAGAAAGAGAGACGGAAAACUACAAGCUUGGAGGCUAAAGCAAAGCGAAUAAAAGAGGCCAAUCUGUAUUCUCCAAUAACACUGCAUGUUACUUCCACAACAGAACUACAUGACAUCACUUCUGACAUAAAGGAUUCAGUGAUUGUUGGUCUGCAUACCUGUGGUGACCUUGCUUCAAAUACUUUGCGCAUCUUCAUUACGAAACCAGAGCUCAAAGCUGUUUGCAGUGUGGGCUGCUGCUACCACUUGCUCUCAGAAGAGUUUGAAUUAUCGGAUCACAGCCAAGAAUGCUGUCAAGGACAAUGGGGGUUUCCUAUGAGCCAGUACUUGAGAAGCAGUGCCUGGCAUUGUGGACGGAACGCCAGAAUGUCUGCAUGUCUGCCAUUUGAAAGAGUGACAUUUGGCCAUGGGCUUCCAUUAGAAUCCUUAUUUUAUCGUGCAGUUUUACAAGUCAUUAUCAAAGAGCACUUUGGAAAUGGAAAGACAUCCGACGCAGUACAACAAACAAAAGUCAAACAUGUUGGCAAGAUCUAUUUUAAGUCUUCAUCCUUUGUGGAAUACACAAGAAAGGCAACUGAAAAGCUGGGAAUGGAUAGCUCAAAGAUGUCAGACAGUUUAAUACAAGGUUAUUAUGACAGAUACAUGCCCCGAAUGAAAGAGUUGGAAGCAUUUAACCUGCUGAAGGUAGCCUUAGCCCCUUGCAUAGAGGGUUUAAUACUUUUGGAUCGGCUUUGCUACCUCAAGGAACAGGAAAAUGUAGCAUGGUCAGCACUAGUCCAGCUCUUUGAUCCCGUAAAGUCCCCGAGAUGUUAUGCAGUAAUUGGUGUGAAGAAGUAGUACUUUUCCAUUUUUUUUUACUGUAUUAUUGAUAUCGAUUGAUUCUGUGCUUUUUCAUUUUUCUAUUCCUGUACAAUUUGAAUUCAUGCUUUUAAGAGUCCCAAGGUUACUAGUUUUACCUAAUGUUCUUUAGACUGCUGAUUAAACUUUUCCUUUCACUGGUACAUUUAUGACAAUUUAAUAAACAGAAUGGGAAAGUCAUUAUAUCAUGUGACAUUUCUUAGCAAGACUUCCACAAACAAAAGAGCAAAGGUAUUGAAAAAUAAAUAA